CCUUCAUCAAGCUAUCAAGUAGCAAGUAGAGCCUCGACCACAUCUCGAGAUGAGCACAAGAUCCGCUACCCACGCGGGGAGCUGGUACAGCAACAACCCGGCCACCCUCCGAGCUCAACUGGAGAAGAAUCUUUCCGCGGUCAAACCGAUCCCCGAGCUGGAUUUUGACCCUCCUAUCCAGAAGUGCAAGGCGUUGAUUGGACCGCACGCUGGGUACUCGUACUCUGCUCCAGCGGCUGCUUGGGCCUAUGCAGCUAUUCCUACGGAGUCCAUCAAACGCGUUUUCUUGCUCGGCCCGUCUCAUCAUUAUCACCUCGACAAGAUUGCCCUCUCCCAGCAUCACAAGUAUGGGACGCCUUUGGGCGAUAUCCCUUUGGACCUCGAUGUCAUCAAAGACCUGGAACAUACCGAAUUGUUCGACAAGCUGGACAAGGAGGCGGACGAGGAUGAACACAGCUUGGAGAUGCACUUGCCUUAUAUCCGGCACGUAUUCUCUAACCGGCCCGAUCUGAAGCUCAUUCCUCUCCUCGUUGGCUCGGUCUCCCCGACUAAGGUCGACGCGUAUGCCGAGGUGUUGGCAGAGUAUUGGAAGGAUCCGGGGACUUUCUGGGUGAUCAGUACGGAUUUCUGCCAUUGGGGGACUCGCUUUUCUCAUACGCCUUAUUACCCCUCCCCGCCGUCCAUCGCCAAUCCCGUCCCGCCCGUCCCCUCCCCCUCGUCUUCGCCAUCGACGUCGAAGUCAGCGCCUGAACUCGUCACCCUUUCCAAGCAUAACGUCGCUGAGAAAUUGUCGACCCCGAUCUGGGAGAGCAUCCAGUAUAUGGACCACGAGGCUAUCGAGAUCCUGCGUGGCGCUGGGAAGGAAGGGACGGGCAAGAAGUUCAGAGAGUAUUUGAGAAGGACUGGGAACACCAUCUGCGGGCGAAACCCUGUCAUCCAGCUCCUAUCCAUGCUCGAACACCUGUCCGCGACCACCCACUCGUCUUCGUCCUCCGAAUCGGGUUCUCCGUUCGAGAUCAAGUUUGUGAGGUACGAGCAGAGUAGUCGGUGCGAGACGUUGAGGGAUAGCAGCGUGAGUUACGUGAGCGGGUUGGUACUCGAGCGCGAGUGAUGUGGUGCUUGGAUGUAUGUAGAGUCUUCGAUUUGCAGAGUGUGGCUGUGGGUUCUUCUUGGGUUGUAGUGAUUGUUGUAUUGUCGGUAGUUGAAAGUGUCACUGCGAAUACAUCAGUCAUUGCAAAAUAGCGCAUCCGCGUAUCUGCCGAGUUGAAAAGUUGUCCAUACACUUACG